UCACCUGGCUUACUAUGUGGAAUCUUUGUCAUUUAAAAGUUCUGCAGAGAAUAUUAGCAUCAGAAUUUAGCACGUAUUGUAAACUAGAAGCAAUGGCAUCUGCAGGAAAGCACUUACCUAGAAUUUAUAUAACACGGCGAAUACCACCAGACGGAUUGAAGAUUCUCCAGCAAUCUGGAAGCUGUCAAAUUGAACAGUGGGAUUCAGAUGAUCCAGUACCACGUUCUGAACUGCUCAAGAAAAUUGUUGGGAUACAAGGCUUGUAUUGUCUUUUAACAGAAAAAAUUGACAAAGAGGUCCUUGAUGUUGCAGGACCCAGCCUUAAAGUGGUUAGCACAAUGUCUGUAGGAUAUGAUCACUUAUCCCUUGAUGAGCUUAAAAAAAGGAACAUCCGAGUUGGAUUUACACCCGAUGUAUUAACAGAAGCUGUGGCGGAACUUACGGUUGCACUCUUGUUGGCAACAUCUCGAAGACUUAUUGAGGCUGUGAAUGAAGCAAAAAAUGGAGGAUGGGGAACCUGGAAACCCCUCUGGAUGUGUGGAAGUGGUCUUACUGGGAGCACAGUUGGGAUCCUUGGCCUAGGAAGGAUAGGUGAGGCUAUUGUCAACCGUCUAAAACCAUUUGGGGUCAAAAAAAUUAUAUAUAAUGAUAUUGCACAAAGGAAAGAAUUGGCAGCAAAGAUAUCAGCUGAAUUUGUGUCUUUGGAUGAGCUGGCCAAACAGUCUGAUUUCCUUGCAGUAUGUUGUGCCUUAACACCUGAAACACAGGGAAUUUGUAACAAACAGCUGUUCUCCAAAAUGAAACCCAGUGCUAUAUUUAUAAACACAAGCAGGGGUGGUGUAGUUAACCAGGAGGAUCUUUGCCACGCUUUAAAAAGUGGACAGAUAGCAGCUGCUGGUCUAGAUGUCACAGUCCCAGAGCCCCUUCCUACUGAUCAUGAGCUUUUUAAACUGAAAAAUUGUGUAAUUCUUCCUCACAUCGCCAGUGCCACAGUGGAAACAAGAAAUGCCAUGUCUGCCCUUGCAGCAAAUAAUCUGUUGGCAGGACUGAAAGGUAGCCCAAUGCCAAAGGAAGUGCCACUAUAAUAGAAUUCCAGUGAACAACCUCAAUUCAGCUAAGAAUGUCUUAAGCAGAGGAGCAUUUUUAUAUUAGAAAGAACAACCAAAUCCAUGGUCAAAAACUUAAUAAUUUGAUAAACAAUAAGGGUCUUAGCUGACCAUAUGACGAGAAAUACAUUAAUACACAAAUACAUGAAGAGAUACACAUCCCGUCUGUGAUAGGAUGAUAAGCAGAUGUGCUUGUGAUAAACACAAAGGGGAUUGUGUAGAAAAUCCAAUGCAUAAACUAGAUUACUUACAAUUAUGUAUAACCGUAGUUCUAUAAUGCAGGAAGAGGUUUAAAGGGACAACAAACACCUUGUAAUUAUAAGACAUAUAUAUGUACUUCUCUUACUAUGGGAGGACAAUUGUUAGAUUCAGAGAAGACGUUUCAUAUUCAUAUUAGAACUUGUGAUGGGCUACCAAAUUGAUUAAAACAUAUUACAUUCUACUCAAUAUGAACAUUUUAUGAAGGUUCCCAUAAUAUUCUUUGUUAGACACAUGAAUCCCUUUCACUUGUACUAAUAACUCCAUCAGACACCUUUAAUCAGACACCCUUAACAGAACUAACUCCCUUAGUCGAUAUGUCUUUUAUAAUUAUUUCUGCACUUCAAGUUUUCUUAAAAGCUAUUGGGGCCUAUUUAACAAGCCGUCAACCGCAAAUAUGCUGGAAUUCCGCAGUGUAAUUGUGGAGAGCUUGAUUCACCUCAUUUAUCAAAGCCUACAGUCAGGCAAAAGUAGAAAUCUGUGAUGUAACAUACGAUCCGCCGGUCUCAGUCCGACACAGAUCGAUGCUUACGUCACUACAGAUGUUCCGAAUGCAAAUUCGGCACUAUCUGACUACUUUUGCAAGUUAUCAAAUAACUACCAGGUACACUCGCCACUAUUCCGGCCCAGCGUACCUGGUUUUCAAUCCGCCGCCCUGGAGGUGGCGGAUGCCAUAGCAAUCAAUGGGAGUCUGAAAACAGCGAAAGCUCAUGUUCGCUGCUGCCCGAUAUCCCAUUGAUUCCAAUGGUAGAAUAAAAGUUAUGUUUACACCUAACACCCUAACAUAUACCCCGAGUCUAAACACCCCUAAUCUGCCGCCCCGACACCGCAGACACCUACAUUAUACUUAUUAACCCCUAAUCUGCUUCCCCAACACCCCCGCCACCUACAUUAUACUUAUUAACCCCUAAUCUGCCGCCCCUACACCGCCGCCCCCUACAUUAUACUUAUUAACCCCUAAUCUGCCGCCUCAACACCGCCGCCACCUACAUAAAAGUAUUAACCCCUAUCCCGACGCUCCCGGACCCCACCGCAACUAAAUAAAUGUAUUAUCCCCUAAACCCCUGGCCUCCCACAUCACUAGCACUUACUAAACCUAUUAACCCCUAAACCGCCAGCCCCCCA